CGAGCGGGGCGGAGGCGCGGCGGGGCCCGUCCCGGAGCCGUCCCGCGGCGUCGGCAGAGGAGCGGCGGCCCCGGGGAGUGACUCCGGUGGGGGAGGAGGAGAAGAGGAAGAAAUCAGAGUGCCGCGGGCACGGAGGGGGUGGGGAGGCGAAGCCCUCUCCUCCCCCCUCCCGCACGCACUUGCGGAGCUCUCGGAGUUGCCCUUCAGCAUCGGCGGCACCGGGAGGCGAACCCGGCGGCGGAGCCCGGCGUGACCCGGCUGCACUUCUGCUUUUUUUUUCUUUUUUUUUUUUUCCUUUUUUUCUGCCCUUUUUUUUUUGUUUUAAUUUUUUCUUUUUAGUUUUUGUUUCCCUCCCGGUUGAUUUCCCCGCUCCCUCCGAGGGCCUCCGUGCCCGUUGCCGGGCAGUCACGGAGCGAUGCCGCUGCCGCUGCCGGGCGGGAGGGUGGUGCUCGUCCUCGGCUUCGUCCUCCUGACAGCGCUCGUGGCCGCCGUGCGGGGGCUGCCCGUCAGCAGGCAGCGCGGCGGGCCCCGGGAGAGGAGCUCCAAGCUGGCCGAGGUCUCUGCCUCAUCAGACCCCCGUGCAGCCGGGGACGAGGAGCUGCCACCAUCAAGCAGGGCACGAGGCCUCCGGCGCAGCGGGCAGGCAGGCCCGAGGCGGCACCGGCGUCGCGGGGCCACUCAACAAACAGUGAGGAGCCCGGUGCAGCCCCAGCCCAGUGGUGCUGGCCAGGAGGAAAGCGUGCCCUUUGUGCUGGACCUGCAGAGCUUGCCAGGGCUGGCCAACGUUGACCUGAGCGCCCAGAAUCCCAACAUUCAGGUAACCAUUGAAGUGGUGGAUGAUCCUCAGGCUGAAAUGGAGAUGGACUUGUUGAAGGAAACAAGCAAUGACUGGUCUUUGACAUCCUCUGAGUGGUUGUCCCACAAAGACCUCUUCUGGCCUCUUUUCUGGGAAUACACUGACCAGGAAGAGGAGGAAGAAGAGGAUGACAAUAUGGAUGUAGGGGACAGGGAGGAAGAAGAAGAUGAGGAGGAUGAGGAUGAAGAAGAGGAAGAAGAUUACACUGCGGAAUAUGAGGAGGAGGAGUCCAUGCUCAGUGGCGUAGGAGAUGACUGGGAGCAGCGAUGGCCCAGUCAGAAGAACUGGAUCUUUAAGGAAAAAUAUAAUUAUGACUAUGAAGAUGAGGAGGAAUGGAGCCCUUGGUCCCCUUGCAGCAUCACUUGUGGCAGUGGCAACCAGAAGAGGACCCGGUCCUGUGGCUAUGCCUGCACAGCAACAGAGUCAAGAACCUGUGACCUGCCGCGCUGCCCUGGAGCAGAGGGAGAAAUAGUCUUCCCUACAGAAGAGACUCCCUUCAGAAGCAACAACACCACAGAGCUGUUUAACUCAGAUGUGGACAGCUGUGAGAAGUGGCUGAACUGCAAGAGCGACUUCCUCACUAAGUACCUCAGCAAGGUGCUGACAGACCUGCCCAGCUGUCCCUGUUCCUACCCGCUGGAGGCUGUUUACAGUGCUGUCAACCUGCGGGAUGAGCGACAGGGCAAGAGCUUCCGCUGGAGAGAUGCCAGUGGCCCCAACGAGCGCCUGGACAUCUACAAGCCAACAGCGCGCUUCUGCAUCCGCUCCAUGCUCUCUUUGGAGAGCACAACACUGGCAGCUCAGCACUGCUGCUAUGAUGAGCACACUCGCCUCAUCACCCGGGGAAAGGGUGCCGGCGUCCCCAACCUCAUCAGCACUGAGUUCUCCCCAGAGCUGCACUACAAGGUGGACAUGUUGCCCUGGAUCCUCUGCAAGGGUGACUGGAGCCGUUACCAUGCCGUGCGACCACCCAACAAUGGGCAGCAGUGUGCGGACAACCCGGCCGAGGAGGAGUACCUCUCCCAGCUGCAGGAGGCCAAGGAAUACUAGCCACAGCCAUGCUGAGAGGAGAUAGAGGGCCACCAUGCAUCUGGCUGCUGACAGAUCCUGCCCUUACCCAUGCUGCGAGGGCUGGAGCCAUCCCUCAUGCUGCCCUCCCUUGGGGCACAACUGAGACCCAGCCCUGUUGGCGGGCUCCUCAUGGAGCCCAGUGGAGCAGGGUCUCAUCACCUCAGUGGGGCAUCUCAGCUCCCAGCAGGUUUGCUAGGGUGCAGGAGGUUGUUACUGUGUAACCCCAGCUGUGCCACCUGGGGCAGGCCCCCAACACUGCUCAUUUUUGGGCAUUGCAGAGCUGGGGUGCAGGGGAUGAGAGGCAGGGGCUGGUAUCAGGGGGAAAGGGUCUGCUCCCUUGUACUUUUUCUAGGGACUUGCAAUGCAAGCUGUGAGUGUGCAUCUGCAGUGUAGAGUGGCCUCAGUUCCUAUUGGUGUCGUGCUGCAUCUGAGGAGCUGGCUGGCUGCAGGCAGAGCUGCCUGGUCCUGUUGGUGCACCUGCCCUGGCACAUGCUGGCCUCUUCUACAAGAGGGGAUCAUCCUUCUUGAAGGGACAGGGCUGUCCCAGCACUGUAUGUGGAAUGGAGCCUCCCCUCUCCUUGGCUAUUUGCAUUUACAAAUGGGAAGAAAAAGGUGGAGGCUUGACAAGGUUUUGUGGAUUGGUGAGUGUAUAUGAGACAGGGGGGUGAAUGGCCACAUAGGCUUCUGUGGCAAGAUCACCUUAUCUCUGUAGUUUUGGCUGCUAAAGGUAGCACAUGGUGCCAAAGUGUGAGAGACAUGAACCUUUGAAAUAGUUCUUCACAGGAGAACCACACAGGUCUGCAUUGCAGCCUCUGCCUCAAUGCUUGGGAGAGCAAGCUGUCUGCACCUGUGCAGAUUCCAUCACCAGCCCUGCUCUGACUCAGAUCCUUGGUGGCUCCCCUGCAGGCUUCAGUGCUUGGAAGCCAGUGUAAUAUGGCCCAGCAUAGAAAGUCCUACAUUUCCUACCCACAGCAGCCAAGCCACCAUUUGGUGCUGUUACUGAAAGAGGAGCUAAAAGUUCAGAGCCGAAUUUCUUACAGUGAUGAGGAUAAAUGAAAUGAUAAAUCACUGCUGGGAGCAUGAAGUGUUGCCCUUUCUAGUUUGCUGCUCAUCUCUUGUCCUUCUGAAUGCAUUCUUUAUGUGGUGUUUGCCUAGACCCUCACUAAGAGACAAACCAGAGAAGCAUGUCCUGGGUGCACCCUGCUACUUUCAGAGCUUGCUGCUUUGCUGAACAAGCAAACAUUGUUCCAGAUGAGGAAGAAGCAUGCUAGUAGUGUCAGUACAUGGUGUCUGCAAAUCCUGACAGUCCCCAUAGCCACUCUGGUCUUGCCUUUUUUUAUUCAUUUUUUCAGUUUUACACAGGUUCUUGGCAGUUUCUCCCAUCAUAUUUUUGGGAACUCCAGAGCUCCUGAACUUCCCACAGGAAAACUAGGCUGAGCACCUUGAUUUCUGGACAUCCAGUAGUUGAAAUUGGCUGAAGCUGUUCUCAACUUUAAUUUAGCAAAUGUUACACAUCAGAGGAAAUAAAAGAGCAGUUCAAGCAAACAGGAAGAAGACUGGAGUCAUGUCUGAACAAAUACACAAAUAUUAGUGAAGUUAUUGCUGAAUUAUUUAGGUGUAUUUUCACACUUAGAUCCACAGACCCCAGUUAUAGGUGCCAUCAAAAUAUAGGCAGGUGCAGUCCAUUUUCCAAAAGGUGUGUGGUUUUAAGAUGGCAGGCAUCAUGUAAGGAGAAAGAUGCAACCAAAAGGUGUGGAUAGAGACUCAGACUAUGGUAAACUUUCAUCACUACUACAUGCUCCCUAGCUGAAGCGGUUGUUUGCUCCCUAACUUCCCAUGAAGAGAUAAUACAUAAGGAGAUGGUCCAGAGGGGAUGACAGUGAUCUGGCAUAUUGGUUCUGGGAUCCUGAGAUGUGUGCAAGGAGGCUCACUGACAGGUAUGGAAGCGUUAGUAGUGGAAACAAAUAAAUCGUGUGCUGAGCUGUAGGAGAAUGAGCUUGUUGUCAUCUAUUUAAGAAGAACUUAAUUCCCAUAAGACAUGUUAACCACAUGUUUCUGGUGGACAGUACUGGACCUGUGCAUGGAAGGCAGACUUCUGCAAAUAGUUAUCUAGAAAGAGACUUUCAGUAACUCAGACAGUUUGUUUCACUGUUCUCUAAUGCAGCAGUCCUAGUAAGGACCGUUACCCAGGUAUUGCACCCUCCCAUGUUUACGCUGGGGAUAUCAACCAGUCUAACCCCCGCAAAAAGGAAACUAUGAUUUCUGCAAUAAAUCCCAAGGGCAGAAAGCAACGUUUGUUGCAUUAGGCCCCUACAAAAAUCUGAUUGAAAGCCAAGUGGCUGUUCUGCCUGUCUGCCCCUGUGGAUUGGAAGGAUACGGGCAUGAACUGGAACAGGAAAAAUGCAGCAGUGCUGUUCCUCCCUUGCACUAGCACCUUACACACCGGGAGGCUCUGCAGAGCACCACAAGUAGACAUUAAGCAAGUGUUUAUUUUUAUAUGCCAUCAAAGAUUCUGUCCGUCCCACGGCUAUUUAAGUGAUGAAUCUCUUACCUUCCACUCCAUAAGUUCGUUGCGUUGGGUUGUUUUUGUUGUUGUUGUUUUUAAUAUAUAAUAUAUAUGAAAUUUAUUUCUACAAGAUUUCAUAGAGAAUUCUUUAUUCUGACACUGCAAUAAAGCACUUUAUGUACA